AUGCAGCAUGGACUGGAGUGCAGUAGUAGCAACUGGAUCACUAACUUGCCGGACGAGAGCGCAGGCUUCUUGUUCGCAGAUGCGGGAUUCGAUGUUUGGCUAGGCAAUAUGCGAGGAAACACCUACAGUACCAAGCAUGUCAGCCUGAGCCCCAAACACGACAAGUUCUGGGAGUGGACAUGGGACGAGAUGGCAAAGUACGAUUUAGAAUCGAUGAUCGACUUGGCGCUGAACACUACCGGACAGCAGUACCUCUACUAUAUGGGUCAUUCACAGGGCACACUGACAAUGUUUUCAAAGCUCUCCACGGAUCCGGCUUUCUCUAGCAAGGUUACUCAACCAUAUUAUCAUACAACAAGCACUUUUGCUUCAGUUAACAGCUAG